AUGCCGAGACGAACGAUAAAGAGGAGGAGGAUAUCAUCGUCGUCGUCGGGUCGAGAGAAGUAUAUCGCGCGUGUGUGUGUUUAUCUCUCACUUAAUGUGUUUACGCUUAAUAAAAGUGACGGGAUUUCCCCAAAGCAUACCACGCAGCACACACACGCGCGAUCAGAGACGAUGAUUCAGACGACGUCUUUUUCCUCCUCUUCGUCGUCUUUGCGGUGUUGUAAUCGUUGUUUUCAUCAUCAUCAUCAUCAUCAUCAUCAUCGUUGGACCGAGAAGAAGAAGGCAAGAGGAGGACGAAACACUGCGCUCGCGAGAAGUCGAGCGAAGGAAGACGACGACGACGGCGAAACGACCCCGAGCAGAGAAGAAGAAACGCGAACAACAGCACCUGUUGUUGUUUCGCUCGCAAAGUUGAACACCUCUCCUCGCAGAAUCGCGCUCGCGAUGACGUCCACGACCGCGCUCGCGUUUGGGGCGAACUUUCUUGGCAUCACGUCGCUCGCGUUACGCGCGAACGAACCACUCGCGAGAAAGUUAAAACUGGACGCCGUGUACGAAGUCUCCGGCUACCGCCGAGACAGGAACGAAGAGAAAGGGUACGAGUUCCUCUUCCCGAACGAAUAUUUAGCGGACCAGACGAUUGCGCGGAGAAACGCGAUGAGGAAAGCACAAUCGCUCGAUUUACCGUCGCUGAGAGAGACGAAAGGACAGAAAAACGUGGGCGAACCGGAAAGCGCGUUCGGACCGAUGGGGACGAACGGGGAGGAGAAUAUGAGCGUUAUCGUGCAAACAUCCAAAAAAGGAUUCGAUUUAGGGCAGUUUGGCGACGCGGAGGAGCAGGCGAGUUGGUUGUUAGAGAACGCGUUGGCGAGACCGGGAUCCGGGAAGGAGGCGAAGUUGUUCUCCGCGAGCGAGACGAUCGGGGAGAAUGGAAUCAAAUAUUAUCAGUUCGAGUAUACGAUCAAGACGGCGAACUGGUAUCGGAGAAACGUCGCCGUUUUUGCGCAGAAUAAGAAUACCGGAGACGUGUAUACGUUUGUGGCGCAGUGUCCAGUGGAGAGAUGGGAUGGAAUGGGAGAAAAGUUUCGUAAAUCGGCAAACUCGUUUCGCGUUUUUACGCCGAAACCGCCGAGCUUUUGA